UUAUCAGUGUUCUUUCGAUCGUUGCCAAGUUUACGUGUUCAGUGACAUUUUACUUAAGACUACAUAAUUAAUAUUACCAUAAAUACCUUGUAAAUUUCAAUAUCACCCAACUUGGUCUCUUUUUGACUUUCUAAAGUUCACAUUAGUACAACAAGAUAAUAUAAUAAGUCUGAUCAAACUUUGGCUUCUCAUAACACUUGGUAAUUUUCAUCAUUGAACUAGAUCAACUUUAGUAAGUGAACUCUUUUAAAAAAACGGUUGAACAAACGGUUGACUAAGUAUUUGUUAAUCUAUUAAUAUAUGCAUGUUGAAAUUGUUUUCUUUGUGGUGACCGACUUUAACAGCUGAAUAAGUUGUAACGAGGUCUACCACGUGCUCGAGUAUUUAAUGCAGGGACAAGAGGACAUAAGUGUCAUUCCAUUUUCUCACUUUCACAAAACACUUGACAGAUACUUCUACUAACAUUCAGAAGCAGUCAUUAAAUAGCAUUAGAAAUAGUAAAAAAUUCAUUACUAACAAUUAGAUGAAUAUAUUAUAAUUGUAUUCUAGUAUCAAUGUAGGCUAAUCUUGACUAUGAUACUGACGACUUACGACAAAUCCAGUAAUUCAAUUUACAUGUUAGGAUCGAUAAGAGAGAAUAUUAGUGAGUAAAUACAGGUUGGUAGUUGCAGAUUUAAAUGAUUUAUAUCUAUCCUUGAAUAUAGUCAGUGAUCUGUAGAGCUCAAGAUUAAUUAAAUGGUUGAUUAAUUAAAAAAUAUCGAGCCAAGUUGGUUUAGGAAUGUGAACAGAAUGUAAAUCAUACUAUCAGCUAUCCUGAUAUCCGGUGGAUUGCAAAAGAAAGUCUUAACAAGAUGAUUAGUAUUCCAAGUCUGAACUAGGUUAACAGGGUUUUUAUUCCAAGUUUUAGAACAUCAGGAUCAGUUUGAGUUCACGAAUCUUAAAUGCAGCUGACGGGAGCAUAUGCUCUUGAUGAUUAAUCUAGUACUUAAAAUAGUUCAAACUGGAUAAUGUCGUUUUAAGAAGUGAAUUUGAUAAAAACUUGUUAAAACUUUGGUUGUUUAUUUGAUAAUUAUCGUUGUGACCUUCUGGUGAAUGUGAUCAUGUAUAAGAUACGGUUAUAUGUUGUUCCUGAACAAGAAGAAAGUACUGAAGAUGAUGAGUUAGAUGAUCUUAAUGUUUUACCAAUUAUGCAACGAAGAAAUUCAAGACGUCCUGGUGCCAUAAGAGUUAAUGUUAUUCAAAAAAAUCGAAAGUCGAGUUCUAUUACGGCUAAGAAGAAGAUUGUUAAAGUCACAGAUGAGAAUGAUGACACAAGAGGGAUUUCGGAUAAUAGUGAUCGUGAUGUUAAGUCGGCCAAGUUGAUUAUGCUUCGUAAGAAUAAAUUUAAUGGUUAUGAGGAAUAUGAUUUGGAACAGAAAAUUGAAGUGGAAAUCAAGAUGAGAGAAGGAUCUGCAAGGCUUUUAGCAGCAGCCCGUCAUCGAGCACAAAGUUUGGAAGCUGCUAGAGCUUUGCUGACAUCUAAUGAACGAAUGCUGGCAUACAUGGCUGAGCUUCAACGCAGAAAGAAAGAACCAAACAAUAAAUCAAGUGUCUCUGGUAGCACAGCCAAAGUUUCACUAUCGGAACUGAGAGUUCCUUUAAUGUGGAGAGAUUCAGAUCACUUUAAGAAUCGUGGGGAUUACCGUAGAUUUGCUGUAUUUUGUUUGGCACGAGUUGGGACCGAAAUACAUGAUACAGCUCUUCUUUGUCCUGUUGAUCGGGCACAUACAGACAUCACAUUCCCUGACAUUUUACUCUUUAAUCAUGUGCCAGCAGAUUUUGAAUUAACUCUCGAAAUCUACAGCCAUAUUUUACAAGAAGAUUUAAGUAUAGCAAGUACUCCUCGACGUAUUAAACGGACUAUUCAUUCGUCUAUUUCUAAAACUGUAGGGAAAAAACUUGCAGCUUCACUUAGAGACGAAUUAAAUUCUGGAAAGUUAGGCCCACAAUUUGAAUUGAUGGCAUCAGCAAAGCUAACUUUAAAUGAUACUGAUGAAAAUAUCCAUACUCAUGAUCUCGUCAUUAAUAAUUUAGAAAAUAAACAUCAUAUGCUGCCAUUGUUUGGCCACUUUUGCUGUCGACUAGCUGCCCAACUUGACUGCAUGACUAAAGAUGUUUAUACUGGAAACAUCAAUAUCAAUGGUGCCAAUUGUUGGGCUCGUCUCAGAAGUUUUAGUUUGAAAACUUGGGAGUCUCGUAAACUUGCAGAAGAUGAACAAAACCCUUCUCUUACUAUACCAAUAAAUCGAGAAACAUCGAUUCAAUUGCCAAAAUCAUCACCUACAGAGAUUCGAAUAUCAAAUAUCAUUGAGGGAUGUGAAAAAGUUGUAACAGUUAAGUUAGAGUCUAAUGAAGAAGCUCAGAAAUGGUUAAGACAUUUGACGUGUCAUGCUAAAGAUCAUUUAAGAUGGAAGCAUGCUGCAGAAUCUAUACAACAAGUACCUUACAUCGAGAGUGCCAGAAAUUCUUUCAUCAGUAACAAAAGACAAGGAUCUUUAUAUGACGAGACUCCAUUGAUAGAAUCAGUAAGACCAGAAUAUUCUUCGUCGAGACCAACAGUCCAAGAAAUCUUUGGCCUCACUCCCAGUACAAGUCUCAGUAGCUGCAAUUCAAAUAGUCCACCAAGCUUACGCUCUCGAUCAUUAAGCACCAGCGGUACAAGUAAAUUAAGUACAAGCACUCUCAAAUCACACUGGCCGUUCUCCAAUAAAAAUCAUGAUUAAAAAUGUUGAUCUGAUUAAAUUACUUAAAUCCCAGGUGUAUUUAGAAGAAGUCAUACACUUGAAUUUCGUGCAUAACAUUGUACUAUCAAGAUUUUGUUGGUGGUAUACAAAUCAAAUUAUGAUAGACUGAUUACUGCAGAGAUCAAUAAGAGAAAAAAAUCAUUAUAUAAACCAAGAGUCCUGUAAUUCAGUCAUCUUUACAUGCAUUUUGUGUUUUUUUUUGAGACUGAAUCUUGUAAUCCGCCUGUAGAAAGUAUAAUUAUAUUUUUUGUUGAACACUAUUGUCAAAAAUUUCUAUUGAUAAAUAGCUAUAAAUAUUUUCUUUUAUUCUUGCGGCAAUAAUAGAAUACAAGCAAUAUUACAAUAAUAUGAUUUUUCUAUAAAACCAAAUGCAAAAUAUCGUCGCUAUAUAAUUUUGUAAACCUUUAUAAAAGAAAAAUGAUCUUGAGAAAAAAGGUACGAUAUUUUUGUAUUCAUUUGAUACAAAAAUUCA